AUGGAGAGUUUCCCAGUGAUCAACAUGAAGGAUCUGGAAGGAGAGGAGACGGAUGCAACCAUGAAGGUCAUCUCCAGCACAUGCGAGAAUUGGGAUUUCUUUGAGCUCUUGAAUCAUGGUAUUGAGCAUGAGCUCUUGGAUGAGGUGGGCAGAAUGACCAAGGAACGCUACAAGAAAUGUACGGAAAAAAGGUUUUUAGAGUUCGCUGGAAAGACUCUCGACUAUGCCGGUGCGGUGAUCCCCGACAUCGAAAACAUCGAUUGGGAGAGCACCUUCUUUGUUCGCCACCUCCCUGAGUCUAACUUGUCGGAGAUAACUGAUCUCUCCGAUGAUUACAGCAACAAAUUGAAAAAGUUUGCAGUAAAGCUACAAAAAUUAGUAGAGAAACUUCUUGAACUUUUAUGUGAGAACUUGAAUUGGAAAAUGGAUAUCGUAAGGAUGCAUUUUAUCGGGACUAAAGGAACAACAUUUGGAACCAAAGUGAGCAACUAUCCACCAUGUCCAAGUACAUACCAUAUCAAGGGCCUCAGAGCCCACACUGACGAAGGUGGCAUCAUCUUGGUCCAAGACGACGAAGUUAGUGGCCUCCAAUUACUGAAAGAUGGUCGUUGGCUCAAUGUGCCACCUGUUCACCAUUCCAUAGUCAUAAAAAUUGGUGACCAACAUGAGGAAAGGUUCGAAGGUUCUCUCAGCAGUAGUGGUUCCUCCCCGCAGGCGAGCCGUGACUUUUGGAAACGAUCUUGCUGUGAUCCGUCGUUGUUUUCUCAGUGGCAAACUUCUCUCGUUCAUCAUUCCAGAUAUCUCAUGGUCAGCAAACUUUGGAAGGGAUUUGUACAAUGCCCUGAUCCUUGUGUUGAUGUUAAUCAAUCUUGGGAUAUUCCUAGCUCAUCAUUUCUUAAGAUGUCACUCCAGCUUGCUGCAUAA